AGACAAGAAAACAAACAUUCAUCUGCCGAAAAACAACUCAGUAAAAGAGAAGUAAGGAUCAAGAACCUCUCUUGAUCAAUGGCGAUUUCGAAGAAGCUCCAUAUACUCUUUCUUCUCUCAGUCUUUCUCUCCCUUCAUCGUCCUGUUCUUUCCGAUGAAGAAGAGGUUCUUAUUACAGUCCUCAACAACUACAGAACAUCCAUAAACCUAACAGCCUUGGUAAAAAACGAAAACGCAGAAUGCCUAGCUGACGAAUUAGCAGACCAAUUCAAGAACCGACCAUGCACAAACACCACUGGCUCAGCUGCAGUUCCUGGAACAGAACCUGGAUUCUCAAACUUCCCUAAACUACUCUCUAAAUGCCGACUCAACAUUACAGUCACUAGAGACGGUGUGAUCUUGCCAUCUUGUGUUCCUCACCUUGAUCAGACCCUUGUCUUGAACAAUUACACAAAGUCACAGUACUCCAGGAGUUUGAACGAUUCUAAGUUCACUGGGAUUGGUAUUGGUUCUGAUGAUAACUGGGUUGUCGUUGUCCUCACGACAAACACACCAGAGGGUAGCUAUUCUCCGGCUACUAACUCUGGAGCUUUAGCAUUCCGAGUUAACGGCGUUGUUUCUUCAAGUUUCUUGUUUCUUCUCUCUUGUUUCCUCAUGUUUUGAGUCCUUAUUCUUUUUUUUUUUGUUUUGUUUUCCAUAUUUGAAAUGACCUCAUUGUAUUUGUUUCAUAUAAUAUGCUGUGGUGAGUUUGUAUGGUAAUAUAUAAAGAGAAGAACAAUGUUGGAGAGCAAAAUCACCUUUCUUAA